AUGCGACAGUCACUAUUGCGUUUCAUACCGAUACGUCCGAUGAUAGUCCGCACCCAGCAGAAAAGUUCAAUUCUUGUGCAGGACGAGACCGCGUUCAAAAACUCAUUCUCCCGUUUCGAAGGUGAUGACCUGAGUGGUUGGAGCGAGGAAAAGCACGCGCUAAGAGGUGAGCUGGGCCGCGUCGCGGUAGUGUACGAUGACUACACGGUGACUGUGGUAUUUGAUUACAAGGGCCGUUCGCUUGAUUUCCCAUUCGAAGCGGUCGCUAAGCAGAUUAGUGUGGAUCGUUAUGAUGGCGACCUUUUUUUAGGGGAAGUCGAGCUCAUUAAAAACGAGACCGCGUUCAAAGCUGCCUUCGCUCGUUUCCAAGAUCAAUUGAAUGGCUGGUCAGAGAAAAAGCAUGGGUUUCGUGGGCGACGUGGCAUUGUGGUGCGGACUUACGGGAACUACACAGGGACGAUCUGCUUUGACACGGGAGGUUCGUUUGAUGUUCCUUACGAAGCAAUCGCACGACAGGUCGGAAUCAUGACUGAGCAGGAGGUAGUGCAGAUUUCUGGAUACGAGGGUGCCAUUGUCAAGGCAUGGAUGGCCCAAUUCCUGAAGGAUUUGGAAGACCAGACGGGAUUUGAUUGCUUCGACAACAUGGCUUUCCAUCCGACGGGUUCAUCAUUCCGCAAAUGUUGCCUGUGCUUGUUCCUAAUGACUUUGAUCCCAUUCGCAAUGACGGUCUACGUCAUUUACCUCACACUAGAUGGGCCAACUGGGACUAUGAAUCCAGAGAAGUUGUGUCAACCGAGCCAGGGGUGGGAGGAGUGGCCAACAAAGCUCAUGAACAAACUAAUUGGUGCAGCGCUCCUGCUAUACGUGUAUUUCUUCCUCACAUCAAAAUCAGCACUUGCGGAUUCCAAGUCGAUCUACAGCAUGCUAAGGGAUGGUAAGGUUCUCAGCAUUAUCCGCAAGCCAGUCUAUUCAGCAAUCGGGCUGAUUGCGAACAAGAUGGCACUUGCUCUAGCUGGGGUCGCCUCAGUCGUAGUGGUCUAUUACACGGACAACCCUUUGGAGAUCGUGCUGAACAGUUUGGCCCUUUUCUUCCUGUGCGACCUUGACGACGCCCUCGUUGAAACGAAGGACUACCAGCGAUGUGCAGGGACAAUGCGCCUCGCAAUCAAGAAGGUGGAGGACGAGGACAGCACCGAGGACGCAAUUGUGCCGUACAGCAGUUUCAGUUGUAGCCUUAAACUUGCAGGGGUGCUCUUGUCUUUGAGCGAGGGCUUGGUGAGUCUUUCUCCACUCUACAUUGCUAUUUGCAAGUACAGUUGCCCCACAUCGCUUGGUAAUCACAGCGACCCCGCCUGCGGUGGUCGACUCAGCAGCGCCCGUCACUGCAGCCGCAUAUGGCCGACUCAGGCGGCCCAAGAGGCUGUGAACUUGCCAGGCGCGUUGAUAGUAAGUCCGAUUCUAGCGCACCUGCGGCGACCCCUCGAGUUUCAAGUUUCAGCCGUUCGAGUUUGCCGGCUCCCGGUUUCAGGGAAAAUUUUAGCCGGCCGCUCGGGCCCGAGGGUGUCGCCCCUCCACGAUGUCGGCGCCGAGCUUGCAAAGGUCGACCUUAGUCCACGGAGAGAAGGCUCUCGCUCCGCUCCGCUCUGCACCGCUCCUCCGAUCCUCCCUGGCGGUGGCUGCGCUCCCUGCUUGCGCCGCGGCUGCUGUUGCAGCCUUCUUCUCUAUUCCUCUCUCGUCCCUCCUCCUCCUCCUCCUCCUCCUCCUCCUCCUCCUCCUCCUCCUCCUCCUCCUCCUCCUCCUCCUCCUCUUCGUCCUCAGAUUUUCAGGAGGGACAGGAGCAGGAGAAGGGGCCAACGUGCUGGCAUCGUGCGUUCUUAG